UAAACCCCACAUGACCCCUUGGUCCCCUUUCCUCUUUCUCUCUCUUCUUGACUUUCUCUCUCCUUUUCCUCCUCUUUAAAUAGUCUUCAUGCCCUUUACAAGCCUCUCAUCACUCCUCAUUCAAACAACACUCCAAAAACAUUUUCCAUAUCCAAAAAAUUAAAAAUACCUUCCCUUAUAAAAAAAUCUUGAAAGUAAAAAAAAAAAAAAAAGUAAAGAGGGGAGAAAAUGGCUAUUAGGAAAUCAAGCAAGCUACCUCAAGCAGCAUUGCUAAAGCAAAUCCUUAAGAGAUGUUCGAGCUUAGGGAAAAAGCAUGGUUACGACGAAGAUGGUCUUCCCCUUGAUGUUCCAAAAGGCCAUUUUGCUGUCUAUGUAGGACAGAAUAGGAGUAGAUACAUUGUGCCUAUUUCCUUUUUGUCUCAUCCCGAGUUCCAAUGCUUGCUUCGACGAGCUGAAGAGGAGUUCGGGUUUGAUCAUGAUAUGGGACUUACGAUCCCUUGUGAAGAAGUCGUUUUUCGUUCUCUUACUUCCAUGCUUAGGUGAUUUUAUUAUUUUUUCACCAAGAGAAGUAAAAAAGAGGAUUGUUGGUGGGGGAAAGGGGGGGGGGGGGUAAAUUAGUUUUCUUGAAGAAAGAUGAUCGUAAGAUGAAGCAGUUCAAUGUGAGCUUAGGCUCAUGCAUGAUGCUUCACUUUUUUUUUACAUCUUUUCUUCAUUGUUUGACCUUUAAAUAUGGUCAGUGAUGGAUCUCUUAAUUCUUUAAACCCGAUUGUUGGGUUUUUGUUGUAAUUGAUAAGCACUGAUCUAACCCAAGACCCAUGAAAUUGUUUUCUGGGUUAGAUUAAUUUGUAAAAAAUUCUAAGCUUUUCCUCACAGAGUUUAGUUAUUAAUUCUGGCCUGUGAGAGGAAUGAAACUGCUCGUUCUUGCUUGUUAA